CCGGGGCCGUGUGGGGAUGCAGGCGGCGCGCGGAGCCAUGGCCAACUUCCGCCUGGCUCUUAUUCAGCUUCACGUAUCUGCUCUUAAAUCAGAUAACCUUCAACGAGCCUGUGGACUGGUGAGAGAAGCAUCAGCUAAAGGAGCAAAAGUUGUGGCUCUACCUGAAUGCUUUAAUUCUCCAUAUGGAACUCAGUACUUUAAGGAGUAUGCAGAGAAGAUCCCUGGCGAAUCAACACAAAUGCUCUCAGAAGUUGCAAAGGAGUGCAGCAUAUAUCUCGUUGGAGGAUCCAUUCCAGAAGAGGAUGAUGGAAAACUGUAUAAUACAUGUACUGUCUUUGGGCCUGAUGGUGCUAUAUUGGCAAAGCAUAGGAAGGUUCAUUUGUUUGACAUUAAUGUUCCUGGAAAGAUACAGUUCAAAGAGUCUGAAACACUGAGUCCAGGGAAUAGUUUCUCCGUGUUUGAUACUCCAUACUGUAAAGUAGGCCUGGGCAUCUGCUAUGAUAUCAGAUUUGCUGAGAUGGCUCAAAUCUACGGACAGAAAGGUUGCCAGCUGCUGAUAUAUCCAGGGGCUUUUAACCUGACAACAGGACCAGCUCAUUGGGAACUUCUACAAAGGGGACGAGCUGUUGAUAAUCAAGUCUACGUAGCUACAGUAUCUCCUGCUAGAGACGAAAAAGCAUCCUAUGUUGCCUGGGGACACAGCACUGUAGUAAAUCCAUGGGGUGAAGUCAUAGCCAAAGCUGGGGCUGAGGAAGCAGUUAUAUACACAGACAUAGAUUUGAAGAAACUUGCAGAAAUACGUCAGCAAAUUCCUAUUUUAAGCCAGAAGCGUCAUGAUCUCUAUGGCAUAGAGAUGAAAAAGUGAAGCUGGGUGAACAGGGAAGGUUCAGUUGGCACAAUGGCUGCUGCUUUCAUCUUCAAAAGGAUUCCCUUACUAGUUGCUCCACAAUCCACUGCUAAAGGUGCCAGUUAAUAAAAAAAAAAAACCAAACCAAACCUUGGUGGUGCAAUUCUAAAAUUGAUUCAAAUACAACUUUUAUAUCUCCUCUCCUACUUCAUUUUUUUCUAGUAUUUUACAGCUAGGAUAAAGAUGGAGGUGAAAUCAGUUCAACACAGUAGAAGUUGACAUUGCUUUUUAUGCAUCACAAUAUUUUAGUUACCUUUUGGGGCCUUUUUUGUAGAACACAGAAAUGGGAACCUUCUUCUCUCUGGAAAUCCUCUGAAGUCAGCUUUGGUAUUAUGAAUUUUUCGGUGAAUUAUUGGAUAAUCUAGAAGCAUGAUUCUUCCACUUUUGUCCUUUGUAGUUGUAUAUGCCUUAAUAAAUUUCUUUGAAUGCCCAAGUUCUAACUUGGAAAGCUUAAAAUUUAACACAGUAAGCAAAACAGGCCACAUUCUGCUCUGUGCUACUUAAGGACAAUUCAAGAAGCCGCCAGACAGAACUACUACUUCUAGAAGAAUCUGUAACAGGUUUUGGUUCAUGUAUCUCGCCUGGAAUAUACAUUA